AAAGGACCUUGUUUUCACAGUGUCAUAGAAUCACUCUAUCUCAAGCACCAUCUCCGGUGCUUGAGAAUUUUCCCCGAACGCACAAUCAGUAGCGGCGCUUUGCCUUCACGCGCCGCUACACAAGAACACUGAAAGAAAUAUUUUAUUUUAUUUUAUAUUUUGGACGUUGAGAAGUUACAGAUACAGAAUCAUCAUCCUUUUAUUAUGCAUGGCAGAUCAAUCAGGGUUUAUGGUACCGCACCAUUACUCUUAUGAUGGUCCAUAUAACGAUGACAUUCUUAGUCUUAUGGAUGAUAAUAUUCCAUUCCUUGCGGAUUUACCAGUACCGUUGGAUGGACCCUCAAUCAAUCCCCAUUCAAUGCCUGCGUUUAACGAUAUUGGAAUCCAACAAGUUGAACAUCCAUCGGAUUGGAAUUUUCCUAAUGAGUUUAAUAGUGGUGGUGGUGUUGGUGGGGGCUCGGAGGCAGGUCCUUCGAAAGUUCGUUGUGAAAUGGGUAAUCCAAAUCUACCGGACAAUAACUUGGAAACACCAAAUCCUAGUGAUGCCUAUAAUUAUACAAAGCCACUUUCUAUUUGGCCCGUACCACCGGUCCCAUUUAAUUGUAGUUGUUGCCAGGUCCUCAGGGAAAUCAUUCACGUACAUGGUGACAAAAUCAUGAAACUUGAGAUUCAUGGAAGGCUGGGUAUGAUCUGCCAUGCUGUAUUUCAGAAUCAAAGCGUGGAUGUGAAUUCUUCAGGAAAUAAUCGAUGGGAAAUGUUUGAUUUUUGCAAGAAAAGCAUAGAAGACGUGAAACAUUUUCUUGUACAGUACUGCAUACAAAGAAAACUAGAAGGCUACACUAUGCAGCAAGACCCAUUGUCAUUCUUCUACGAGGCCGUCUGCGUUGGCUUGGAGUGGGAUGAGAUUACCAAUAUUGACGACCUCAUUUUAACAUCCCCAGUGAAUUCAGGGGUUGCUAGGAUGCAACAACCAGAAGAAGCAGGUCAACCAGAGGUAGGGAUUGAGGCAGAGAGGAAUCCCAGGUCACUUGCAGAACAGAGGCAGAGAACAGGAAGAUUGACAUUGAUGGAUCUCAAGGAGUAUCUCCAUCUUCCUAUUGAAGAGGCUGCUAGGAGGAUGAAUGUAUGUCCAACUGUUGUUAAAAAGAUUUGCCGUAGAAAUGGAUUGACUAGAUGGCCUCACAGAAAGAUUAAAAGCAUUCGGAAGCAAAUAUCAAAUUUGUUGCCCAGUUUACAUUCUGAAGAUGCAAGGACCAGGAUAAAUGCUCAAACUGAAAUCAAUAGACUCCAACAACAAGUUACCAAUAUCUGUGCUGGAGUCAGUAUUGCAUUAUUAUAAUUGAAUUCAUUUUAUUUGUAUACAAAUAUUUUUUUUAUCAUUAUUUUUUAAUAUAGAUUUAUAGAACCGAUGAAUUAUUUGUUUUGACUGAAGUAUAAUUUAAACUAAAAUGCAGUUGAAUAUAUAAGUACUUAAAUAUAAUUGACCAAUAAUAAUGCUACAUGUAAUUAAUGAGUAAGGAGGAAUGUUUCCGCAGAAGAAGCAAAUAUUGUCCUUGAGAAAGUGUCUUGGCAUUUUCUUAUUUGGAAUAUUGUCCCCAUGAAUUUCUUUGCAUUUACCUAUUUUUACCUUUUUCUAUAGCAAGUGCCCAUCU